UUUGAUUGUGAGAACAAUGACGACGAAAUACGAUGUUAUUGAUUUCUUGAAAAAGGAUUAUAAAAAAUGGUCAAAUAAUUCGGCCUGCAGUGACGAAUGCAUCAUUAAUCAUUCGAGAAAAUUAAAAACUUUACCGCAAGCCGAAUGGUAUGAAAGGCAUAAGGUCAUAGCUGAUUUAAAAGCUGCGUUACCGGAUAUAAGUCCUAGAAAAGUGCGAAGACAUUGUAUACCAUACCAUGAGGCAAUUCUUCUUGAACUUGAAGAACAGGGUUACAACGAAGCGUUUUAUUACAUGAGGGAAUUUAUAAAUUUCGAUAGAAAGAUUGCAGAAAAAACCACUGGAACCAGGACAUGGAAAAAAAUAUGUUUAGAAAAUCGAAAGGAUUUUAUAGAUCAUUUAAAACAUGGAUUGAUGGCAUUCGAGGAUGCCGAAAGGGAAGGUGAUUACGUUACACGGGCUAUGUCACUGCUGGACGUUGCUCUAUUUUUUCAAUCGAAAGGCUGGGAAUGGAAGUGGGUCACCGAGCGCCUUUACCAAGCUGCCCUUUUUGCAGCGGAAUCGAUCGAAGACGAUGAGCUACGAACAAUCACUCUGAUACGUUAUUUGUAUGGUCGAUUUCUCUUUCAAGAAUUGAAGAAUCCAAAGAGCGCUAUAGAUUACCUAAAGGAGGCACGCGAAGCAUCAGAGAAAAAGACAUGGAACGCUUCGAAAAUAUUGGGCGAAAGACAACGUUGUAUUUUCAUAGAAUGUAAUAUUAUUUUGUACAAAGCUCUGUUGAUUCUCGCUCGCAAAGAACGUCCAGAAAAUCCUGAUUUCGCUCUGAAUGCGUGCAUCGAAGCAUUAGAAAGAGCCACGGAUGCUGGCGACAACGAGUAUCUAACUGAAGUUUUGUACGAACUUGGAAAAAGUUACUUCGCGAAGAACGAUAUGAUACGAGCCUUGCAAAGUUUCUCCAAAUUUUUGGCCAUCGCGAAGAGGAUCCCAGAUCCCGAAGGUGUUUGCAACGGUCAUAUGGAACUAGCAUUUACUUACAAAGAAUUGGGGGACGAUGCUCAUACUGAGAAACAUUUGCAUCUGUGCCAAGAAAACGCUGACAAUUUUGAUUUUAGAGAGAAGCUGGCUGAUUCGCACUAUUACAUCGGUGAACAUUACUUAAGCCAGGGAAAAUUGAACUUAUCCACUGUUCACUUGGAGACCGCUUUGUGCAUAUACCAUGAACUUAGCGCAUCUCAAGAAGCUGAUCGUGCUAGAUGCAUUGCCGGAAUUUCAAAAGGGCAAGAGAUAAUCAAGGAAUAUUACAAUAUAUUGUUACAAUGCGGCGAAUACGAUGAAGAUGCUACAUUGAAAAUUUGUCGAUGGAAAUGUUGUAGGAAAAACUUUUGGGCCAAGAGAAUAGAAGACAUUAAAUCAGAUUUGGAUAUCUCACACGAAAAUUCACUGGAUACAAUUUCAUCGUUACUAUCCGUAUAGAACAAUAAUAAUCAAGACAUGUCAUGGCCUUAAAGUUCACAGGCAACAAUUGCGUUCCACAUCAUUUCUUGUCACAAGUAAUUCUCGUUUCUUACUUCAAUUUUAUUUAUGCAACUUUAUCUGUCUAUCUUCGCAGCAACGCCACAGUGCUUUCUUUUGUCUUCAAACUUAUUGGGGCUUGCACAAAAACAAACUUGUCGGUAAAUUUUUAACACUUUGACAACAUUUCAUAAAUAUUCUAGAUUUAACAAAAAAAAAAAAAAAAAAAAUAAUAAUAAUAAUAAUAAUAAUAACAAAAUUUUAUUUGAUAACAUCAAUCUACAUACAAUGCAAAAUUGAUAUUUUUUAAAAUAAAUAGGAAUGAUAGUCACCAAAGUGUUAAGUUUGAAAAAUGUUUCAAAAUGGCUAUGAGGAAAGUAUAAAUAUAAGAAACGAUGAUAUAUCUCAUCUACAUACAUCGUUAAGAUGAUUGAUACUGUUUUGUAGAGUAAUACAUAAACAAAUAUGAGUUUCUCAAUUCUUAGUCCAUAAAGCCAAGUUAAAAUCAAGCAAAAUCUAUUUGAAGUAUUGAAUUGAUGAAAGCUAAGUUGCAAAGAAAUCUAUAAAGAUGAGUAAUUAAAAGAAACAAAAUUAAAACAUUAAAAGUGUAACACAAUAAUCUAAAAGUUAAUUGUACUAAGAAAAUCGUAAUGAGUCUCUAUCUUCUUUCUGCAAUUAAACUACAGAUAAAAAUAAUUAUGCAUUUUUUCUGUGACUUGCAAAUAUGAAAAGUUUGUACAAAACUUAACAAAGCAAGUUACUUCUAAUUUUUUUUUAGUCUGAGAUAAUAAUUUUUCGACAGUAAGUAAAGAUGAAGUUAAAAAACAAAAUGAAAAAAGAAUCAUUAAAAUUGCAUAUAAGUAAUGCCGAUUAAGUAAAACUUAUUUUAAAAAUCAAAGUAAAUUUAUUAUUGUUAAAGUCUAUUUAUUUCGUAGAAUUAAUUGCCUGUGCGGAAUACUAUAAUCAUGUGAAUGUGAUCUAACAAAAUAAGAGGUGUAGGAAAUUUAAAAAUAUAGAAAUUAAUCAGAAGCAAAGAUAUAGUGACUUGAAAAUUAACCGCCUACAUGUUUCAUCAUUUGAUCAGAUAUUGUAAUUUUUAGAAAUUGAACAUUAUUCGCACAGUCUUCGUAACACUGCUUAAAAAAAAUUAUGUUUGCAUGUUUUCCACAUUUGUACCGUCUUAGUAAAAUAAACUACAGAGGUUAUUUCAAUCCAUACAAUUUUUUACCUUCAUCUCUGUUUCCUACCUGUGUAUAAUUAUACGUCUACAUAAUUUACAUUAAAUUUUUUAUAGAAAAAUGGUGAUAGAUGUGUUUACAAAAGUUCUGUUAAACAUACAGUCAUUCCUACGAGAUUGCCACUGCAAUCAUAGUAGUUUACUUAGUAGUAAAAAAAGA